AUGUUACACUCGAAUAAAUUAAUAAACAUUGAAGUCAGAAGAUUAGUAUCGGUGACCAAUGAAAGUAAUACACUUCAACUGGUCACAGCAACAGACAUAUGUUUACCUGGACAAUCAAUUUGUGAGACAAGACUUGGUCCUACAUGCUACAGUAAGACAAUCAGUGAAUGUAUUGACAAUAUUGUUUGUUCAAUAGGUCAAGGUAGAUGUCCUGCUGAUCCUGACAGAGAUUGUUUUGAUCCUAGAGUCCAAAAAUGUCAAAACGGUAGAAUUGUACCUAUCAAUACACCAGUAAGAUGUAUUGCCCCUGAGAAUCCAUGUGGAAUGUUGAUCAUCAUGAUGAAUUACAAUGAAAUUGAAUUUAAGAAUUUCGAUACCAUUGUUUUCCUAAAUCAUGUAGUAGGUUGUUUAUCACAAGGUGUUUGUGAUAUAGCUGGAGUUCAUUAUGAAAUUUGCAAUACAAAGUUAGGAAUAGAAUGCUAUUCUCCUAACAUUCAUGAAUGCAUAGAUGGAAUUGUAUGUAGUAAAGGUCAAGGUCGUUGCCCAGAUGAUCCAAGACAAAGUUGUUUUGACCCCCGUUACUUUAAAUGUCAAGGUGGAAGAAUAGUUGAUAUUAACACACCUGCUAUAUGUACAUUUGGUCUUUUACCUUGUGGAAACAUUUGCUUCAAUCCAAACCUUGGUUAUUGUAAUUCCGGACUCUAUUGUGCUUGGGGACAAUAUAUUUGCAAUCAAGGUGUAAGAAGAUGUUAUAAUCCAUUAACUGAAUUCUGUCAUGGUUAA